AUGGAUAUCAACUUGUACAUCCACAGUAUUGAGAUAGAAUUUCCGACAAACAAAAGAUACGUAAAUGCGAAUGAAGAACAAGAGGAAAAAAAAGAGGAGGUUAAAGAAGAGGAAGAAAAGGAAGAAGAAAGAGAAGGCAAAGGAAAAGGAGACGAAGAAGAAAGCAUAGUUUACUGUUUACAUAUAAAGGUAGAAGACAAUGUAGAUGAACAAAAUAGGCAAGGAAAAAAUGUGAAGUUUUAUGAAACACCUUGGUACAUGAGCAUCAAAAAGGACAACAGCGAAAUAUGUAUGAUGUCCUACGAAAUGAACAUUUCAUAUGCCUUUAAUUUGCUAGAAAAAUACGAAAGCCUAAUUUUGUACGUGCUGAGGAAGAACUUGAAAAACGACAAAAUCGAAUAUGUGCACAGAAACGAGUUAGAUAUAAAGGACAAAAAAUAUUAUGAUAAUACUAAUUGUAUACAUUUUGAAAAUGAUGUAAUAAAAGGGAAAAUAAAAUUAUAUUUAAAGAAUGGAAUAAUAUACAAUCAUUUAUUAAAUAAAAUAAAGUCAGACGAUUUUUUAAAUGAUGCAUUUUUAAAAAAAGAACAAGUGCCUAAAAUGCAACUCAACGAAAAUGAUGAAAAUAUGAUUAUACGUAAAGAGAAUAUAGAAGAGGAGGAAAGAUAUCAAAACGAUUUUUUACAAGAUAAAAUGAUUAUUAACGAUUUUAAGGAUUUGACAAAAGAACGAAGAACAUUAUACUGGGUUUAUUUAGAUGACAAUAAUAAUGAGCAAGGUCCAUUUAAUAGUUAUGCAAUUUUGCACUGGGUAAUGAAUGAAUAUUUUGAAGAUAAUACUUUAAUAAGAUUACACGAUAAGAAGAGGUUUUAUAAAUUAUAUCAAGUUAUUGAAUAUAUUGAAAAAAAUGUUUUAUUAAUUACACAAAAUGGUAAAGUGCAAUAUGGUGAACAACUAGGCCUCAUAUCGGAGGACGGGCUGCAUGGCAAUAUGAAUCAAAAAAACGAAAGGCAUCUUUUUAAUGAGGCACAAAAGAAAAAUACGGAAAAUUUAGAAAAUGCGCAGAAUGAGCGAAAUUUCCAAUCAAAGGGUACAAUAAUUAACGAUUAUGUAAAAAAUGAAAAUGACUCUGAAAAUUAUUUCGAAAAUGUAAAUGGAAAAGAGGAUAAAAAGAGAAGAAGCGAAAGGGACAACCAACUAGUGCAUGCCCAUGAAUCUAUAGACCGAAUUUGUGAUGGUGGAAAUAAAAAUUAUGACGACAAAUUAGGAAUAAAAAAAAAUGUAAGUGAUAAAAAAGACAGUAAAAAGGAAGAACAGCAAAACAUAGACAACCGAAACCAUGAUUUUAGUAAAAAUACCAAAAACUCAAAAAAAAAGAAUCAAGUAAAAAAAUUAAAGAAAGAAAUUAAAAAAAUAAAAGAAGAAAUGAUUAAAUUAAAGGAAAAAAGUUAUAGAGAAAAAUGUAUCAUUUAUGAUUCUAUGGGGAAGGAAUCUUAUUGUUCCAUGUCUAAUGGAAACAGAGGGGUGGAUCAAGAAGAAAAGAAAAAAUACUUUAAUCAUAGUAGUAUUGAUAUCAUUGAAAAUAAAUUAUUUUGUAACACACGGAAUAAUAUAUGUAUUAAUGGUAAAGAAAAUAGUUCGGAUGAUAAACAUGUUAAGGAAAAUUUACGCAAGAAUGACUAUUACUAUAACGAUGAAGAUGGUACUAACAAUAAAGGAAAUAUAUUAAGAUCAUAUAACGAAGAACGAAGAAAUAGCGCAAAUAAUUGUACUCGCACAUAUGAUAAGGAGAACAUACAAAAGGUACUUAAUGAUAUUAAUAAAGAAUUUAAAAUAAAAGAAAAUUUUGAAAAAAAAAAAUGCAUUGAUAUUGCCAUGAGUAGCAUAAAUCAAGCGCAGAAAUGUCUGUUGAAUAUUAAAAAAAAGAAAAUGACUUCUUACCUAAAUAGGAUAAUCAAUUUGUCAUUUCAUGAUCAAGCUAUUUAUAUUAGGAAUGAUCAGACAGAAUUUAUUGAUAGUACGUACAUGGAUAAAAAAAAAAAAAAAAAAAAAAAAAAAAUGGAAAAACGGGAGAAGGGUGCUUCAUGUAAUUGUACCAAAUGCAUUCAUAACUCAGGUAAAGGCAGAUCAUCAUAUCCUUUUCCAAAUUGUAUAGACCCUGACAGUUACAUAUUAAGUAGUAGAGGCGAACAAAUAGACAAACGGAUGUAUUUAAUGUCUAACAAAGGAUUAUUUAGGGACGUUUUAGGAGUUAUGCCAAAAAAACAGAAGGAAAGAGAUUAUAUAAGAGUAAUAAAUUGUAGCUCUAAAUUUUUGGGAAAUAAUGAAAAAAACAAGAAAAAGGGCAAAAAAGUGGAAGAUGUGAAAGAUGUGAAGGAAGUGAAAGAACAAGCCAAAACAACAACUACCUUAUGCUUUAACAUUAGAAACAAUAGCUCAGAAUUUAUAUAUACUUAUAAAGUAAGUCACGAUAUGCUUAUGCGACGUAUCAUAUAUUUGCAAUAUAACGUGAAGAAAUGGUUAAGAAAAAAAAGAAAACGUAAAAAAUUAUGUAAUGCAUGUUCUCAUAAUUAUCGUAAUUUUACUGACAAAACGCAGAAUGGUAUAAGCAGUGAAAAAGGAGUUGAUGAAGGAGAGCAAGACAAAAAAAGUAAAACUAAAGACGCUUUAAAUACAAAAAGGCAUACAAUUGCAAGAGAGUACUCAUUAAAUAGCAAAAAUGGGAUUAUGUACGAAGAACGUAUUAACAUAUUAGAAAGGAAAAAUGGGCAUAAAAACGAAGGAAAAACAUCACCAAAAUUUUCACUUUUACAUAAUAGGGAAAAAAGUAAGGAUGUGAAAUUUCAUAGUUUAACUAAUAUCCCAUAUAUUUUUAAAAAAAUUAAUGACAUGAACAAGUAUAAUGAAGACAAGUUGACUAAAAAAUUUAGAAAAAAGAAUUUUGAUGAUGUGUUUGAUAAUUCUCUCAUUCAUAAAUAUGAAUAUGGAAAAAACGAUAUUCCUCUAAAAAGAGAAGAUGUGGAAAUGAUUAAGGAAUUAUAUGGUAUCAAUUGUAAUGAAAUAAAUACUGAACACAGUCAUGUAAAUAUAAAAAAGAAGUAUAAUGUGUACGAUCCGUUGCAUGAUGUAUUAAUUAAAUAUAAAAAGGAUGAAAAUGAAAACAUUAUGAAUGAUAAUACUGCUGAUCAUAAAAAGAAUGAACCGUAUGUAAUUAAUUUAAACAAAUAUAACUAUCUAAAAUUAGUAGACAAAAAUGAUAUAAAGGAUAAAAAAGAUAUUUUUUUGAAAAUAGUGAACAACUUAAAAUUUGACAACAUAUUAAAUGAGAAAAAAAAAAAUUGCAAGUUGCAAAUAAAUUUCAAAAAUAAUUCCAUCAUGCCCAUGGAAAAUAUUUUACACAGAAUAAAAGAAAAAUCUAUCAAUAGAGGUAAUAUGGUAGGGGGAAGCCGGGACAGCAUUUGUGCUGGUAUUAGCAGUAGUAGGCAUUAUAAUAAUAUUAAUAAUAAUAAUAGUAGUAGUAAUAAUAAUAAUAGUAGUAGUAAUAAUAAUAACAGUAGUAGAAAUAAUAAUAGUAGUAAUAAUAAUAAUAGUAGUAGUAAUAAUAAUAAUAGUAAUAACCAUGAAAGUCAUAAAGACAGAAUUAAUUGUAAAUUAACUCAAAUUAAACUUCAAAAUAAGGAUACAUUUUUCUGUGAAAUCCCUGAUAAAAACGAAGAGAAAUUAAUUAAUUACUCUAGUAGGAAAGAUCAUACCAACUGCUUUUUACUUCCUAAUUUGAAGGAUAAUUAUUUAAAAAAAUGCUACAAGGAGUACGUGCGAUAA